AUGCAGAGCACUGCCGACGAUAUCCCGCGACACAUUCGUUUGCGGAUAACAACGACUCUGAAAUCCCAGCAUGACGGUGUCGCCAUAGGAGAACCUUCAGUAUGGAUCCCGAGAUUCAAGACGAUCGACUCACGCCGGUCCCUGAGCAAACUCUUACCUGUCGACCUGAAGCGCUACGUUGAGCACUACUCUGCGAAGGAUGCAGCAAUGUCGAAGCAUCUCGCCGAUGGUAGUCUUAUCACCCUGUCUUGUACUCUGUAUGCGCCUGGAGAUGUGGUUAUCCCGCUCGACAAAGAUCCACGGGUAGAUGUCCUUGGCGACUUAACGCAGGACCGCCAUCCUGAGGAGACUGUCACGAUUGCAGCCCACCUCACACUCAGUCUAGAGACUCGUUCGAAGACCAAAACGCUGAGAACCGAUACGAUUGAACGAGUCCACGCCAAUUCAUAUCUCCCAACAGAAGAGCAGCAAGAGUGGUUCCGUAUCGGCAACGUUUUGAUUUUCGAAGAGGAUGGCAAAACUCAGGUGAUCAAACGAGCAGCUAGACAACACUCUGAAUGUGUCGCCUACGCACAACCGCUUCUUGCAUGCCUAGACCCUCAGACUGGAAAAUUCCAGAUGAGCAGCAUGCACGCUUAUGACUUCAUCGACUUCGUUGUUGGCGAUCCGAAAGACCGCAAGAUGCGAAACAGUCCAGGGUCCAACAGCCACUUUCUAGGCACAUUUGCACAUGUCGUAUGGACCCAACGAGAUUGGAGGAGCAGGUUUUCGGAGAGCUUCUCGGAGUAUCUCGCGCAGAGAGAAGAGGGMGAUACGAUGAGCAGUGGAGUGCCCUUUCUGCCGACUUUCUGUUACAAUACCUUCCAUGCGGAAGAUUCGGAGCGGCGGAAGAAGUGGCCGGAAAAUGGUAUUGACUUUGCAGUGAGAUGUGUGAAUCACUAUGCUGACACCAGCGACUUGAAAUUCGUUGAGUUCCCGAGAGACAUCAGACUGAGCAUUUGGGCACAUGAGACAAUGGAGACUCUGUGUGAAGAUGUGGCGGAAAGUAUCAAUGUCGCAGGAUUAUUCGAUGAAGUGGAGGUCAACUCCAAGAAAUUGUUCGAUCGCAAACACCAAGGCAAGUGGGUAAUGGAAUUCUGGGUGAUGCCGCAAAGACAGAAGAAGAUGUACCGAUACACACAGGGAAAGUUGAAUCAGUUCUUGGACUACACCUCGGACUUCACACGGUCCAUGGACAAGAGGCUUUAUUGUGAGGCACACAUCGUUGCCAAAGAAGAAUAA